GAAGCGAGCUAGGCGGCAUUAGCUGAAUGAAGCAGACGGGAGGAAGUAGCUGUUAAUGCAGUUCCACACCUUUCCGGUGUAGCAGCACUGCGACCAGCUCCAGUUAAAGGAGGAAGACGAGGGUUGAGUGAAUUUAUCGACAUCAAGGAGCACAGAAAAGGGGGCGACUAGAGUUUUGUUAGUGGAUACUUUUAUCGUGGAGUCACCGUCCCUUCCAGCACGGUGAAGUCGCCUGGUGCAACGCUUUUUGGAGUAGCCGCCGAAAGCUGCUUUUUCUCCCCAGGCAACAGUGAAGAGAACAAGGGCGCACCCGGUGAGGGGGACUGCCACACAUAACAUCGGGAGGAAUUCGAUUCAAGCAUCCCGGCGUUUUGGUUCGUACACAUACAGUGUACAGUUCUCAAUCGUCACGGCCUUCAAUUCUCACGCAGCUUUGGGCUAAUUUCGGCUGAACAAUGAACGUCCUGCAACAGCUGCUUCCAAGUUCUUAGUCCGACCGUGUCAAUGUUGAGUGUAGGCCCAGAAAACGUUGUUAUAUACUGAACAUAAAUGCCCCUGGACUCAGAAUCCUGACAGACUUUUAAAUGAAAAGUACCCAAGUCCUGUUUGUUAGGUCUGAACAUGUGUGCACAAUUUUGACUUUUCCUCCAAAUAUCCUCAUGACAGAGUCAUGUUUUCACAAGUGAGCCAAUACUAAAACCGAAGCUGCAUUGUGAGUGAAAAAUCAACGCAAAUCAGAAGCUUUUCUCUUAGGAACAAAGUAUUUAUGCUAAAGAGUCCAAAAUGGGGAAGAUGCUCUCUAAAAUCUUUGGAAACAAGGAGAUGAGAAUAUUGAUGCUUGGACUUGAUGCAGCUGGAAAGACAACAAUCCUUUACAAACUGAAACUGGGACAGUCUGUGACCACAAUCCCUACAGUUGGCUUCAAUGUGGAAACGGUCACUUACAAAAAUGUCAAGUUCAACGUCUGGGAUGUUGGAGGCCAGGACAAGAUACGUCCUCUGUGGCGACACUACUACACAGGCACCCAGGGCUUAAUUUUUGUGGUGGAUUGUGCGGACAGGGAUCGUAUAGACGAGGCAAGGCAGGAACUUCAUCGCAUCAUUAAUGACCGGGAGAUGAGAGAUGCCAUUAUCUUGAUAUUCGCCAACAAGCAAGACCUCCCAGAUGCCAUGAAGCCACAUGAAAUCCAGGAGAAGCUUGGAUUGACCCGCAUCAGAGAUAGGAAUUGGUAUGUUCAGCCCUCCUGUGCUACCACAGGUGAUGGACUGUAUGAAGGUCUGACAUGGCUAACCUCAAAUUACAAGUCUUAAUGAUUGAGUGCUGACUGUUUUAGGUCAAAACUACAAUAAAAUUGCAAGUAACAAAUAACUUCUCAAAAUGAGUAUGAUAAAGAAAAGUUGAUUAUUUCCCAUUUAUUUUAAUACUAUGUUUACCCCAUGACUAAUUUAUAUUUAGCUGGGUUUGCUGGCCUAAAGUUUGCUUGUGUUCUGUACCAGGCUUAUAUUACAUUUAUUUUUGAUGGGGCUUGCUUCGGUUUUUUAAUCAGUCCCAAUGUUAAAGCCACAGAGAUCACCACCUUUGCCUGUUUUUCUUUCUUUUACUGUUUGAUAUAGUUUUUCUAAUGAAGUUUUUAUCUUCAUUCUUGGACUAAAGCUUGUUUCAAGGUUCACUCUGUUGCAUUGAACUUGGAUUUUCUUUUUUUGGAAGGUGAGCUCUUAAACAUCAUGUAGCCUACUUGAAGGACUUUGACAUCUGUGUUGACGCAGUACUGUGAUGAAAAGUAUUCUUUCUCAGUGGUGUUGAGAGAGCGGGGUUAAAAAUGCAAAGGAAAAAAAUUGCCAAUGCUUACAUUUCAUAGUUAUUAGUCUGGGCAUCAAAGAAAAAAAACUGUUUUAUUACCCCAUUCAAUACCCUUAUGUGGGCUAUAUAGUUACUUAAUUGACCUUUUGUGUCACAUCUAAUUGUGCUGAAUAUUCAACAAAUAGGCCUCCAGUAACUCUGAAACAUGCUUGUCAGGAUACAUUUUUAAUUUUGGAUAAUAUGUAGUCAGUUGGCACAAUCUUUCCAAAGGAAUGUCAUUCAGCUAUGAGCUCUCGAUCUGAUACCACAGUUGAUUAGUCUCAGUAUUGGGACAUUAUAUGAUAGCCUAUAUCUGUAGCAUGAGUACGUAAGUACAUUAACCCGACAUCAGAGUCCAUCUGUCGUGCAGUCAGAGGGAGCUGUUUACUGGUGAGAUGUUUAAUGACGCCAUGUGGUGCAGCUCUUACUCCUCUUUUGACUGGGGGAACUAUGUACAGAACAAUGUCAUUGUAAUGUCUUAUUAAAAAAGUGAUUUUAAAUCUUU